GGUGGCCAUCUCACCCCAGCUCUGAGACAUCCUAACCCAGCCUUUAAGGACCUGCCCUGUGGUGGCUGCGGCUCCUGUGAUCACUAGAACCUGCUGAUGGGGAAGUCGGAGAGCCCAGUGGGGAUGGUGGAGAAAGCAGACCGGUCUAGAAAGAAGCUCUCAGGCUUCCUGGAGGGGGGGCUGCUGCUGCUGCUGCUUCUGCUGCUGGGAGCCCUAGUGGCCCUGGGUGUCCUCUACAGCAGAGGGAAGCAGCUGCCUCUCUUAACUAGCCGACUACGCUUCUCCCAGGAAGAGAGGACGGUUGUAAAACGAGCCAUCAGAGAGUCAUCAUCACAGAAAAAUGACAUGUGUACCACCCCGGGAUGCGUGUUGGCAGCUGCCAGAAUCCUCCAGAACAUGGACUUGACAGAGAAGCCCUGUGACGACUUCUACCAGUAUGCUUGCGGAGGCUGGCUGCGGCAUCAUGUGAUCCCCGAGACCAACUCCCGAUACAGCGUCUUUGACAUUCUCCGGGAUGAGCUAGAGGUCAUCCUCAAAGGGGUGCUGGAGGAUUCCUCUGUCAAGGACCGGCCAGCUGUGGAGAAGGCCAAGACACUGUACCGCUCCUGCAUGAACGAAAGUGUGAUAGAGAAGAGAGACUCACAGCCCCUGCUGGACAUCUUAGAUAUGGUAGGAGGCUGGCCCGUGGCCAUGGACAAGUGGAGUGAGACCAUAGGCCCCAAGUGGGAGCUGGAACGGCAGUUGGCUGUGUUGAACUCGCAGUUCAACAGGCGCGUGCUCAUCGACCUCUUUAUCUGGAAUGACGACCAGAACUCCAGCCGGCAUGUCAUCUAUAUAGACCAGCCCACCUUGGGCAUGCCAUCCCGGGAGUACUAUUUCAAUGACGAAAGCAACCACAAGGUGCGGGAAGCCUACCUGCAGUUCAUGACGUCAGUGGCCACCAUGCUGAGGAAAGAUAUGAACCUGCCCAAGGACAACAGCUUGGUGGAGAAGGACAUGGAGCAGGUGCUGGAGCUGGAGGCUCAUCUGGCCAACGCCACAGUCCCCCAGGAGGACAGGCACGAUGUCACCGCCCUGUACCACAGGAUGGACCUGGAGGAGCUGCAGGACAGGUUUAGUCUGAAGGGGUUUAACUGGACCCUCUUCAUACAAAGUGUGCUGUCCUCUGUCCAAGUCAACCUGUUACCAGAUGAGGAAGUGGUGGUCUACGGCAUCCCCUACCUAGAGAACCUUGAGGAUAUCAUUGACAUCUACUCAGCACGGACCAUACAGAACUAUCUGGUCUGGCGCCUGGUGCUAGAUCGCAUCAGCAGCCUGAGCCACAGAUUCAAAGAUGCACGGGUGAACUACCGCAAGGCGCUGUAUGGCACAACCGUGGAGGAGGUGCGCUGGCGGGAGUGUGUCAGCUAUGUCAACAGUAACAUGGAGAGCGCCGUGGGCUCCCUCUACAUCAAGGAGGCCUUCUCCAAGGACAGCAAGGACAUGGUCAAAGAGCUGAUUGACAAGGUAAAAUCCGUGUUUGUGGACACCCUGGAUGAGCUGAACUGGAUGGAUGAUGAAUCUAAGAAGAAGGCCCAGGACAAGGCCAUGAACAUCCGGGAACAGAUCGGCUACCCUGACUAUAUCUUGGAAGAACACAAUAGGCAUCUGGACGAGGAAUACUCCAGUCUGACAUUCUCCGAGGAUCUGUAUUUUGAGAAUGGGCUCCAGAACCUCAAGGCCAGUGCCCAGAGGAGCCUCAAGAAGCUUCGGGAAAAGGUGGACCAGAACCUCUGGAUCAUCGGGGCUGCCGUGGUCAAUGCGUUCUACUCCCCCAACAGAAACCAGAUCGUGUUUCCUGCCGGUAUUCUCCAGCCGCCCUUCUUCAGCAAGGACCAACCACAGUCUCUGAACUUUGGAGGCAUCGGGAUGGUGAUCGGGCACGAGAUCACACACGGCUUUGAUGACAAUGGUCGGAACUUCGACAAGAACGGCAACAUGCUGGACUGGUGGAGUAACUACUCAGCCCAGCACUUCCGAGAACAGUCAGAGUGCAUGAUCUAUCAGUACAACAACUUUUCCUGGGACCUGGCUGACGACCAGAAUGUGAACGGAUUCAGCACCCUCGGGGAGAAUAUCGCUGACAACGGUGGUGUACGACAGGCGUACAAGGCUUAUAUACAGUGGCUGGCUGAAGGCGGCAAGGAUCAGCGAUUGCCGGGACUGAACCUGACAUAUGCCCAGCUUUUCUUCGUCAACUAUGCCCAGGUGUGGUGUGGCUCCUACAGACCUGAGUUUGCCAUCCAGUCCAUCAAGACUGACGUCCACAGUCCUCUUAAGUACAGGGUACUGGGCUCACUACAGAACCUGGCCGCCUUCUCCGAGGCAUUCCACUGCCCAAGAGGCAGCCCCAUGCACCCCAAGAAGCGAUGUCGCAUCUGGUAGCCUAGGCUGAGCUAUGCUGCAGCCCACGCCCACCUGCCACCCAGAGGCUUCGUGAAAGGUGCCAGCCGGUGGAGACGUGCAAGUCCUUGCCUGAAGGCCACUGGAGCCAGCCAGCGGUCAGCCUUCCGCA